CAUUCAAGUAACUAGACUGUUUUAUUUGAGGCCAAUAUAUCAACCCAUCUUUUCAACCUUAGAUUUAAGCGAGUUAAUUUGAGAAUCCCAAGAAAAUGGUGCAACUCAAGCUCGUGGCAUUAACCUUGUUGGUGUUGUGGUCAUGGUGGAACUUUGAGGGUGCAGUUGGAGACCCUCAAACCCUUUUACUCAAAUUUGAGUGCAGUGUAGUCUCGGUACACGACUCGGCCAACUUCUUCCAAAAUCUAAACGCUAGUUUGGCAAACCUGAAAUCGCAGCUGGUGAGCAACCAAAGCAAGCACUUUGUCACAGCUCAAUCAACCACCGGAACGGAUCCUGUCUAUGCAAUGUUCCAAUGCAGGAACUACCUCUCCAACACUGACUGCGUCACCUGUUUCGCUGUGGCCGCCGCCACAGUCCGCAACUGCUCCACCAUGAAUACUGCCCGUGCCAUUUAUGAUGGCUGCAUCCUCAGGUACGAGAACAAUGACUUCUUCAAGCAGAAUCUCAUUUCUAGCAUCCACACACUUUGUGGAAAUCAGACUGCAGAUGAAAGCACUGGUUUUGGUGCAGUUGGACGCCAAGUGCUGAUGGAUCUACAAAUAGCAACACCAAAAAUUAGUGGCUACUUUGCAGCUACCAAGACACAAGUGGAAGGCGGUGCAAUCUAUGCCAUUGCACAAUGUGCUGAAACUCUCACUCAAGACACUUGUUUGGAUUGUUUGUCAUCUGAACAGAGAGACUUACAAGAUUGUCUUCCCAGUACAAAUGGUAGGGGAUUCGAUCCUCCUGUGUGCUUUAUGAGAUACUCGGCGACACCCUUCUUUGCUGAUAACCAAACCAUUGAUAUCACUUCCUUUUUAAAACAAGGAGGAGGAGGUUCAAUCAAGAAGUGGGCCAUUAUUGGUGGUGGUGUAGUAGGUGCACUCCUUGUUGUGAUCCUUAUUCCAUUAUUACCCAGGCAUAGCGGAUCCCAAAGUCCUAAGAGAGUUCCUAGAACAGGUACCAUAAUGGGAGCAACUGAGUUGAAAGCUCCAACCAAGUACAAGUAUAGUGACUUGAAAGCUGCAACAAAAAAUUUUAGCGAGAAAAAUAAAUUAGGAGAAGGAGGCUUUGGUGCAGUAUACAAGGGAACCAUGAAAAAUGGAAAAAUUGUUGCUGUCAAGAAAUUAAUUUCAGGAAAUUCCAACCAGAUGGAUGUUGAAUUUGAAAGUGAAGUAACAGUUAUAAGUAAUGUUCAUCAUAGAAAUCUUGUUCGGCUUCUUGGUUGUUGCAGUAUAGGCGAAGAAAGAAUCCUUGUUUAUGAAUACAUGGCAAACACCAGCUUAGACAAAUUCAUAUUUGGAAAAAGAAAAGGUUCCCUCAACUGGAAACAACGCUACGAUAUAAUUUUGGGCACAGCAAGGGGAUUGACUUAUCUACAUGAGGAAUUUCAUGUUUCUAUCAUACAUAGAGAUAUUAAGAGUGGCAACAUCCUCUUGGAUGAACAACUUCAGCCCAAAAUUUCUGACUUUGGGUUGGUGAAACUCCUUCCAGGGGAUAAAUCUCAUAUUCGCACAAGAGUUGCAGGAACAUUGGGAUACACAGCACCUGAAUAUGUACUCCAAGGUCAAUUAUCAGAAAAGGCUGAUACAUACAGCUAUGGAAUUGUAGUAUUAGAAAUCAUAAGUGGUCAAAAGAGUACAGAUGUGAAAGUUGAUGAUGAUGGUGAUGAAGAAUAUCUUCUUCGACGAGCAUGGAAGUUGCAUGAGAGAGGCAUGCUUUUGGAGUUAGUGGACAAAAGCUUAGACCCUAAUAACUAUGACGCAGAAGAAGUGAAGAAAGUCAUAAGCAUUGCUUUGUUGUGCACUCAAGCAUCGGCUGCAAUGAGGCCAUCCAUGUCUGAAGUUGUAGUCCUACUUAGUUGCAAUGACUUACUUCAGCAUAUGAGACCUUCAAUGCCUAUUUUUAUUGGAUCAAAUUCAAGGCUUCACAGAGUUAUCUCUGCUUCAACUGGUUCCUCUACAUCUAAUGUUACUCCCUCCAAUUCUAUAGUACCUGUUCGAUGAUUAAUUAAUAAUUAUAUGAUGCAAAUGAAAAAAUUCAUGUCCAAAUCAUUUUUAAAAAUUGGUACAAUAAUGUGUGAUUCUUAUUUGAAAUAACAUAUUACACCUGAGUUUUCUUAAGAAUGCACAUGAUUCCUUCAAUUCCUUUCUUUAAGGUUUUUGCAACGCUUCAUACAAGGUUACAUUGCAUAAUUUAUGUGUUCCUUGAGUAACAGUAAGUGUCAGUGUAAUGUGUAUGUCGGGGAUGUUAGUGUAACAUUUUUCAAACAAUUGAGAAUGGUUAAGGUAGAAGUAGAAAAAAGAAGAGUAUCGAGAAAAAUUUACGAAGCCUUAGGAAAUGUCAUAAUUACUCUAUUUUAAAUUUCUGUCUAGAGUCCUUUGCAUUUGUAAUAUUAUGAUUUUUGAGGUUUCUAUUGUCACAUCACAACUAGAAGGCUUUUACAUUUGUUAAUAGCAACACAACAAGCACAACUAUUUUAAACUAAUUAACUUACAUAUACACACAUAAUUAACUUUGUAAGCGACCCUUGUUUUGAGAUGAACUAUGAGUUAUUAAAGUUGUGACUAUGAAAGAGUGUCUUCCUCACAUAGGGAGGGGCUUCUUGUGUCCAUGGAUUUUGUAGCACUCCAGGUUCAUGGUGUGGAAUGCAUACCAACAAGUUAUUUGUGGGUCUCGAGGCACAAUGUCAUUCUUGUCGUGUGCCAUUCUUGAUGUGUGCAGGACUUUACGACUACAUUAACUGUUUGACAUGACUAUAGGACCAUGAGGAAGAUGGGGAUGAGCUAUCGAGUGGCAGUAGUCCUUGUACCAAGGUUGAGUCCUGGGGUUAUCUAGUCAAAGGCUCGAGCUAAGUGCUUGGUCAUGUUAUUUUUCCAUAAUAAUA